AUGUUCCAUUCGCGUAGAAAUAUCGACACGGUGCGUCGUUCUUCGCAGCGACGAAAUAAUCAACGUUUAGCUCGUAUUCAACGGCAAAUAGUUUUAGAAACAGUUGCUUCAAAUAUGAGUUCUCUUGUUUAUCAACAUUGUGAACAAAUCCCCACACAACCUUUUCUCGAAUCUGUUCAAGUCGUAGCACAAAAUAAUGAUAAAGUUAUUGAUAAUCUUAGUUUAUCUAUGUCAUCCGGAUCAUUAAAUAUUUCUGAUGAGCAUAUACAUGUUUCACAAUCUAAGUCUAACAUCGAAAUUAAUAUAAAUCAAGAAGAUCCAUUAAAUGAAAAUCAACCAAUUACUAAUUCAAAUAACGCAAAACAAGUUGAAGAUGGUGAAGAAAUCAUCCAAGAUCUUAUUUCCAAUGACAAUGUCGAUGAGGACAAUGAGAAAGAAAAAUUCAUAAUAAAAAGUGAUGAUGAAGAUUCAUCUGUUGAUGCAGACGAUGAUGAUUUAUUCAACGGCUCUGAAAACCGUACCGAUCGUGAUUUUACUUCUACGGAAAUUGCAUCUGCCCUGUCACUUUUGAAAUCAAGACAUUCGUUAACCAACACAUGUAUAUCAAAUAUCUGCAAACUGUUAAAACUGCUUCGUGUUCCUAACUGUCCAUCAGAUUUUCGUCAGGUCCGUUCUCUUAUUUGUAAACCUUAUCAAAGUACAAUUUCCGAAGAAAUAUUAGUUUUAUGUCCAUCGUGUCACAAGGUUUCGUCGAAUUCAGUUUAUUGCACAUCAUCUCCAACAUGUAUAAAUAGAGACAAGUUCAUUAUGAAUCCUACUAUAAAUCAUACUCUUCAUAUGGAACCACAAAUAAGAUCCGUUCUUGAACGAAAUAACUUAAUCAAACCAAAAGAUAAUGAAACUGUUAUUACUGAUAUUGUUGAUUCCUCUUUUUAUCGCAAAUUAUUAAGUACGGAACCAAAUCCUUUCAUCACACUUUUAAUAAAUUCAGAUGGUGCUGUGGUCAAAUCAAUUUCUCGAUCUAUUUGGAUUACUACAUUUGUAAUAAAUGAACUUUCACCAAGUGUUAGAUUUAAUCGAGAAAACGUUCAAGUAGGAGAUGGUUAUGCUCGUGUAUUCGUGUAUGAAAACAACAAUGAUGCUGAACCACGUUCUAAUGCUUCAUAUGACGAAGCAAUUCGAAUACUUAAAAAACCAUUAGGACGAAGAAGACGUGCAUCAAUAAAUUCCAUCAAUAACGAUUUGGAUGGUCUGAAAGGUUCUUGUGUACUUAGAGCUCUGAAACAUUUCGAUGUGUAUCAGUCAUUCACAUCUGAUACUCUUCACACAUUUCGUGCGAUUGAAUUACUCUAUAUUAAGGCUCGAAUGUUGCGAAUAUUUUUCGGAAAUGUGUCGAAAAAAUCCGGUAUAACUCAAGCAAUGAGUGUUAAAAAAUCUCUUGGUGCCAUUUCUUCGGCAUUUAAAUCAAUGUUUUAUCCUUCAUCCACUUUUCGAAUACCGAGAGAUAUAAAGCUUCAUGCAAUCUAUAAAGCAAAUGAAUUAAAAAUAUUUUUAUUAUUCGGUUACUCUACAUUGGAACAUAUUCUUACACGUGAAAGAUAUGAUCAUUUUCGAUAUUUGGCGUUUGCUGCACAUUUAAUUGCAUCAGCGAAACAUGAUCAAUCGACCUAUUUUGAAGUAUUGGAUCUUCUUCAAGAAUUUGAUAAACGCUUCGAAACUGCUCUAACUAGAACAGUACAUAAUGGCAAUCGGCCAACAAUUGAAUUGUUAAAAAACAUUGAUCUUCUUCAACAAACGUGGUUGGCAACAAAGGAUUCUUCAUUUCCUCCUGAAAUGCGACUUUUUGAUCAUCAAAUUCAUUCUAACAUGCGCUAUUCCAUACCUAGACAAAUAUCAGAUUUGAAUCAUCAUAAUCGUCAUCAAAUUCGAGCAUAUAAAAAAGUGCCUAUAACUUCUCUCGAAACAGAUGUGUCAGAUUUUGUUAUCAAAUAUGCUGGUGAUCGAUCAUAUGUGUUAUACAAAACUGUUGUAGUCCAUGAUCAACGUUAUUCAGCUGAUUCGAUCAAUAUUCAUCGUUCGACACACGAUGGCUGCAUUGUAUACGAUAAGAAUGAUACACCAACAAUCGGAUUUUUAGAAACAACAAUUCAUUUAAUUGACAAUAAUGAAUUCUCUCUCAUCAUGCGGCCUGUCAUCUUAUAUUCAACAGCGGAUACUUUGUCUAUCAAUGAUCGAGUGUAUAAGUGCACAAAUGUGCUUUAUGGAACACCUCAUGGAUCGUCAAUUGAAGCUGUUCAUUAUAAAUUUUUGAUUCAAAAGCUUGCUUUCAGAUAUGGAACAGAUUUAAAUUUUCCACCUAUUGUUAAAUCCAUAUUUUUGGAAUAUCGUUCAAAUGAACUUAUUCCUGGUGGUGUACUUAUUCUUUGUUUUCCUUGUUUAAAUGAUAAAGGAUUAUUUGGUUUUGAAAUUCUUUUUCAACUUUUAUACAAAUGUGCAACUUUAUUACCGAUUACACAACAAGAAUUACUCGAUUAUACUUAUCCAUUGUAUUACCGUACGUAUGAAGAAUACAUUAAUUAUGAUUUAUUUAAAAAGUUUUCAUUGAAAUUAAUCAAGUCUGAAUUGUGUGAUACUAGAACAGAUACAUUUACUCGAUUUCAACAAGGAGAAUUAACAUUGGAUGAAUUUGUAAAAGACCACACUCGAUUUUUACGUAGUUGGACUGAACCAUCAUUACGAGAAACAUUAGAAAGAAAUAAUCAUUGUUUAGACGAAGAAGUCGAAACAUUACUAGAUCAAUUUUGGAAUUUAUACGAACGAGAAGUAAAAGAACUUUCAAAUCAAUUCGAUUUGUGUUGCGUUUAUGCCUAUUUAAUAUUGAAAAAAGAUUUGAUAUAA